GCUCAAACGAUGUCUCAGAAGACGGUGGAUAACCUGCCCAAGAGCUUCCUCAGCACCUUGACCAAGACUGAUUACAGCAAAUGGCAACGAAGCAAAGCAGUGAAAAAGUCACCCACAUUUAAGGUUUUCUUGCCACCCAUUGAACCAGCGGCUGGGAAGAAGAAGGAAGACGAAAAGAGUUCCUCAUCUAAGCCCAAAGACAAGCUAUCAGGGAAGAAAUCCACUUCUGGCUCCUCUUUGAAAUCUGCACGCUUCAGGAGGAAGAGUGCUUAUCAAAGAGCUUUGGAAAGUGAAAUGCUUAGAAAGAGCACAGAGAACAUCAAAAUCUUGCAGCAACUUUCCAAGGGUAAGAAGAACAGCUUGGAGGUGCUGAAGCACCAUUCCCACUUCCUGUUGGAGAAGAACCGGGGGCUGUUUGAGGAUAUCCUGGAAAAGGAUGCUGACAUGGCUAGGUGUGCCAGGGACCUCCUCCAGCAGUACGACAUGUUUGGGGCGAUCAUCAUGACCCUUCAGGACUCCAGUCAGAACCAAGUUGGAGUGGCAAAAGCAGAACUCGAAGCCACAGAGAAAAUGGUGGAGAAGAACAUGGGAAAACUGGAGCAAGACCUGAGUCGCAUGAACGCCAAAGUCCAGGCACUCCAGGAGGAGCUCAACGUCCUGCGAACAUACAUGGACAAGGAGUUCCCAGUGAAAUCGGUCCAGAUCGCUUUUCUGCUUCGCAGCAUCCGGCACCUGAGCGAAGAGCAGCAGGACGAACUCGAGGAGGCCGAGGAGAUGUCCAAGCAGUUCUUGGAGACAGUCGCAGAAAAGACCCAGGAGGAAACGGAGCGCAUCUUACAGGCUGUGGUAGACGAGAAGGUGUCGGAGUAUCAUACUGGCCUCAAGCAGAUGGCAAAGAACAACCGAGAACUGCAGCGACAAAUUGAAAUACAAAAGAAGAUAACUGCUGAUCUGGAGAAAGACAUUGAAGUAUUGCAGAAGAGCACUGUGAAACUUCGCCAGUCCGUCCAGCACCCGCGGGAAGUGAUAUUUGCAGAUGUCCUGCUCCGAAGGCCCAUAUGCACCCCAGAUAUGGAGAUCGCACUCAACAUCCCCACAGAGGAGGAUUUUCCCCUGUAGUUGCCAGCGGUGGGAUUGGACGGACACCGCUUGGUCAUGCAGCUACGGCCUUGCAGAGCAGAAUGCGGAAACUGGUGCCCAGCCUGAAUCCCAGGUGGAAGUUUUUAAACCCGUUGGUUCCCGCCCCCAUUGGCCAGAAUUAAAUUCUAUUGAAACGAACAGCCCCAGCAGAACAGAAAAGAGUGUCUCAGUUCAUUGCAGUACAACCAUGCAGUACCAUGUCUGUAGGGUUAAAGUGUAAGGCUAGGAGAGGAGAAGAGCCCGUGAGUACAUGAGGCUGCCUUAUGCUUCGUCAUAGGUGUCACAUCACCUAUGACAUGAUCCUUUUAGCUGGAGAUGCCAGGGAUUGAACCUGGGGCCUUGUGCAUGCCAAGCAGAGGCUCUAGCACUGAGCCACAGCCCCACACUGGCCCUUCCCAGCCAGAUGGACAAGCAGGGCUUUUUUUCAGCUGGAACAUGACGGAAUGGAGUUCCGGAACCUCUUGAAAAUGGUCACAUGGCUGGUGGCCCCGCCCCCUGAUCUCCAGGCAGAGGGGAGUUUAGAUUGCUGCUCCACUAUUUUCGCCAAGGGCGAUUUAAACUUUUAAAAACUCACCCCUUGUUCCAGCUGACCCAAAGUGAUGUCAUUGGCCCUGGGAGCAUGCGUGCACUUUGCGCGCACACAUGUGGUACCAGGGGCACCACCUCCCGCCAAGAGUUGCCCCCUGUGCUGGCAACCCACUGAGUUCCACCACCUCUUUUCCCAGAAAAAAAGCCCUGUGGGCAAGUGAAGACUGCCUGAUACCGAGUCCUAUGGUGAUCCUCCCUGGCCCUGUAUUGGCCGAGGCUCUCCAAGGUCUCAAGUGGAGGACUUUCCUUUAUCCUGCUACCCGAGGCCCUGUGGCUCCUUCUCUCUGCACGAUGCUACGCUGCACCUGCUUGGGAGGGAGUGGAAGUGCUCAGCCCCUGCAUUCUACCCCACGACAAGGCUUGUCCAGACAGGCCUGUAGCACAAGGGCAGAAACAUCUCCUGCAGCUGCUUAAGAUGGUAUCGUUUUCAGGGGGCCAGCUGGGGGUUGCCCUCUUGCCUUCUUACAACACUCCCAAGGGUGCAGGGGCACAAAUCUUGGGUCAGCCCUGCAGCUGUGUCAUUGCAAGGGAUAGAAUCGUAGAAUCAUGGGGUUGGAAGGGACCUCCAAGGUCAUCUAGUCCAACCCCCUGCAUAACCCCCUGCAACCCCCUGCACCGCCCAGAGCCCCUGGGAUGGGCGGUAUAUAAAUUGAAUAAAUAAAUAAAUAAUAAAUAAAUAAUACAGGAAAUUCACAACUACCUCUUCUCCCCCCCCCCACACACAGUGACCUCUGCUCCAUGCCCAGAAGUUGGCAAAACACCUCCAGGACCCCUAGCCAAACUGGCCUGGGGGAAAUUGCUUCCUGAUCCGAAAGUGGCGAUUGGCCUUACCCUGGGCGUGUAAGAAGGGUCCUCGAGAACUAAGCACUGAUGCAACCCUUCCUGCCCUCCCUCUCACAAUCUGCCCAGGUUCACAGAAUCAGCUUUGCUGUCAGAGGGCCAUCUAGCCUCUGCUGAAAAACCUCCAAAGAAGGAGAGCCCACCACCUCCCGAGGAAGCCUGUUCCACUGAGGGACCGCUCUAACUGUCAGGAAGUUCUGCCUAAGGUUCUAGCAGUAUACCUGCCUUGGGUACCACAUUUUCCUGGGCCAAGGAAUAGCUGGGUGACAGGAAAGGCAGCAACCCAGUGGUUCCAAAGCGUACGUUCUCUGUAUGGAAACAGGCGUGGCAGCUUCUUUCCAUACUGAGACCAUACGUUUUGGAAGAGAAGGGCAAUCUGGCAGUGCAUAGAAGCUCCAUUUUCUCUUCCCCUGCUUUGUCAGACAAAAAGGGCCAGUUCGAAAGGUAGCUUGACAGGCUUGGAGACUAAGAAACAAUCACAGGUCAGAGCCCGAAUUUUGACAGUGUGUAUUUGAUGCUGGGAACUCAGGAUAGAAUGGGACUCUCCCGGUGUGCACCCACCUUGCUGCUCGGUGGCCUCCCUGCCUGAGCUGGCAGAGGUGGUCUCAGACUUAGCAUUGAAGACAGAUUAGUGCCCUACCCAGAGAGGUGAACAUGUUAGUGUUAUUAUCCCCACAAUACAGCUGGGGAGCUGGGGCUGAGAGGAGUGGUGCUUAUCCAAGGCCACCUGCUGAGCUCAUGGCAGUGGUGGGAUUCGAACCAGUAGAGUGCUGAUUUGCAGCUGAACCACUUAAACCACUGUGCUACAGCGGAGUGCAGGUGGAGAAAAAGUUGAAGUAAAUGCAACUGAAUGUGCGUGAGAGCUCAUGACGAUGCUUACUCUGUGGCCGUAAUCAGGGUGAAGCGAGCUCAUUGGCUCGUCGCUGUUGCAUCUGCACAGAGCUGUCCAGGAGAGUUUUUUGGGGUGGUGAGGAGGCCUUGAUCCUAGGCCACUCAGGAAAUAGACCCCAAAGAUGUCCAGGCUCUCUGUAACUCUUCCGUGAAGCAUUUUGCCGAUAAAAACACUCUUAUCUGCUGUAUUGUCGAAGGCUUUCACGGCCGGAGAACGAUGGUUGUUGUGGGUUUUCCGGGCUGUAU